CCAGAAAUUUGCAUCAAUUAGGUUUUAGGUAAAUUAACUUACCUCGAGCAGGAGGUGAGUCGGCUGGUGGGAGAUGUUGCGGACUGUGGAGGUGAGAUGGCUGGAGCAGGGCAGUGGCUGGGGGAGAUGUUGCGGCAGGAGCAGGGCUGCAGGGGACUGCUUGCGACGAUGGCAGGGAGCAGAAGCAACGAUGGCGACUAGCGAUGGCGCUGCUUGCGGCGAUUGCGAGUUGCUUGCGUCGGGAGCGGGGAGCAGAAGCGACGAUGGCGACUGGCGAUGGCGCGCUGCUUGCGACGGCGAGCAGCUUGUGGCGAUGGGACGGAAGCGCUGGGGGCCUUGGGCGAUGGUUGACGGCGGCAGGGUGGUGCCGCUCUCCCUCUGUCGUCUGUUCUACUUCUAGGUCGAAGAUGGAGAAAUAAAAGGAAAGUUAGGGUUUUGUUUGGCUGCCCAAUUCCACGAUUCUUUUUUUUUUUUAGGGUAAACCAAACGGCCGAACCGCGCGACCGGCUUGAGCGGCUCGAGCGGUUAACCGCUUUGGCCGCUCGCCGGCCGCUGUAUAAAACCGUGGCGGUUAAAUAGCUGAUCCGAGCCGGUUUUACUGCCGGGUGGCGGCUUUGGCGGUCCGGCCGACCGGCUCGGUUCGGCUUUGACAGCACUGGUACAACCAAUCCGCACAGAGAUCCACAUGAAUUUUGAGCAGUUCUACUAUACUAUAUAACAUUGGUGCUUUAAUGUACAACUUAAAGUUGUACCAUAACAUUAAAUGUAUAAGUUUAGG